AUGUUUGCUGCAAUUAUUUUAUUAUUUAUAAUUUUAUUUUUUUAUUGGAAUUUUAUUUAUAAACGUCAAGGCCUUCCACCUGGCCCUAUACCACUUCCAUUCUUUGGAAAUACUUUAACACUUUCACGUUCAAAAUGUGCUUAUUUGCCUUACAAAUUAUGGGCCGACAAAUAUGGCCCAAUAUAUACAUUUUGGAUGGGUGAAUGUCCAAUAGUUACAGUAACUGAUUAUUCUUUAAUGAAUGAAUUGUUUGUCAAAAAUGGUGAUGCUUUUGUUGGCAGGGAUUUUCUUAAUCAUUUAAGCAAAUUAGUCGAAGUACACACUGGCAACCACGGAGUUAUUCAAACACAGGGAGACACUUGGAGAGUAAUGCGUCGUUUUGGUCUCCUUUCAAUGAGAACUUUAGGUGUUGGAAAGGCUGGGAUGGAAAAACAAUUUAAAGAAGAUAUAAAUGAAAUGAUUAAUAAAUUGAGUAACCAAGUUUUAUUAAAUAAUGGAGAAAAUAUAAAUCUUCAAUUAUAUAUUGACAGAUUAAUUGGUUCUACAAUUAAUAGAGUUUUGUUUGGAUUUGCUUUUAAUGAUAAUCAAAUGGACGAAUUUAAUGAAAUAAAAUCAACAUUUGACAAGGCCAGUCGUUGGCAAUUUAGUUUUUGUGGGCGAUUACUAGUUGCUGCUCCAAUACUUCGUCAUUUACCUUUCUUUUACCAAUCUUUUGUUGAAUUUUCUGAAUUACCAUUACCAAUAUAUAAAUAUUUAAAUAAACAAAUUGGAAAUAGAAUUGAAAUAAGAAAUUUAAAAAAUGAGAAGAAGGAACCAAGAGAUUUGUUGGAUUGUUAUUUGGACCAAAUGGAGAGUGAUGAAGCUGAUGAAGAAUUUAACAUGGACAAUUUUCGAGCAUUAUGCUACGAUCUUUUAUUGGCUGGACAAGAGACUACUGGAAAUACUUUAAGCUUUCUAGUUUUGUAUUUAUUGUUGGACCAAAGGGUUCAAUCGAAAUUGCAAGCAGAAUUGGAUAAUUUAGUAGAAGGAAAUGAAGAAUUAAUUGGGUUGUCACAACGACCACAAGCAAACUAUACAAAUGCUGUUAUUAAUGAAGUUCAACGUCUUUGCAAUUUAUUACCAUUAAAUUUAUCACACAAAACAAUGUUUGAUGUAGGGAUAAUGGAUGGAAAAUAUUUUCUUAAAGAAGGAACUGUAAUUUUACCUCAAAUAAGCUGUUUAUUAUAUGAUGAAAAAGUAUUCCCCAACCCUCAUCUUUUUAUUCCUGAAAGAUUUUUAGAUGAUAAAGGACAACUAAAAAGAUUUGAUUCGUUUAUACCUUUCGGAUUGGGGAAAAGAGCUUGUAUGGGAGAAUCAUUGGCACGUGCCGAACUAUUUUUAUUUACUGCUAGUUUCUUUCGGACUUUCCAAGUACUUCCGGUUGAUCCAUUAAAUCCACCAGCUGCACAAAAGCAGAAGGCUUUUGUAGUUCGCCCAGACCCUUACAAAUGUCGAUUAAUUUUAAGAAAAUAA